CGAUGCUUCCCUGUGCUUGGUCCCGUCGAUAGGGUUGACCCAGAUUGCUGGGACGCCCUCGAGCUUCCCAAACUUUCUCGGAACCUUUGCUUCCCCUCCUAGUUUCGACUACCGUGUCUCACCUAAUUGGUACCGCCCAAAGUCGUCCUUUCGAUUUUGGGGUGGCAUAUAUUUACAAAUGUCUUUUCCUCUCUGCUCCUGCAAACUCCGUCUUACCAUCUUCUUCUCCUCCUCUUCAUCUGCCCUCUCGAUUCUCUUCCUUUGAAGCCUUGUUGUGUCGAGCAUCCAUCCAUUGUCAUAAACCCUGUAGCCACCUACAACCAUGACCUUCCUUCCGAGCAACAGCGGUUGUAACGGGUUUCAAUUCACCUUUGAGACUUACCUAGACUCCUCUUCACGAAAUAUUGAGGCUGACUCGGAUAUCUCUAGCUCUGGCCGUGACAUAUAUGACUCCGUUUCUCUUUCAGAGAGCAUCUCCAAGUACGAGGAACAAUUUGGGAGAACAUACCAUUCUUAUCGCGCGGGUUCUUACCACUACCCCAAUGACCCUACCGAAACUGAGCGUCUAGAUGAUCAAUAUGAAAUCGCUAAGGAGUUGAUGGAGGGUCGCAACUACUUUGCCCCCUUUUCCCCAAAAAAUUCUCCAAGAAAGGUGUUGGACAUCGGUACGGGUACGGGCACAUGGGCCAUCGACAUGGGCGAUGAGUUCCCCGAGGCUGAGAUUAUCGGGACCGACCUCUCGCCUGUUCAACCUGAUCUCGUCCCACCAAACGUCCGGUUUUUUGUGGAAGAUUCAUCCGAAGAAUGGAUAUAUGCCCCCAACCACUUCGAUUACAUCCACACCCGAUACACUCUCGGUUGCUGGAAAGAUAUGAAGUCUCAGAUCAUCCAACGAGCCUUUGCCCACCUAAAGCCGGGCGGGUGGCUCGAGUGCCAGGAGCUCAACACGCUCCCUGUUUGCGACGAUGGCAGCAUGACAGACGACUACAAGCUGCUGCAAUGGGCUCGAGAUAUGGACGAUGCAUCCAGGGCUGCGGACCGACAGCUGGUCAUUGGUGACGAAAUCAAGAGGUGGCUGGAGGAGGUUGGGUUCGUGGACGUGCAGCAGAUAGUGUUGAAAUUACCCGUGGGUGGAUGGGCCAAGGAGCCACGGCUCAAACACCUCGGAAUGCUAUGGCAGAGGAAUCUAUCGGGCGGACUGAGUGGGCUAAGUGUUGGGUUAUUGCAUCGUUUCGGUGGAAAGACGACAGAACAGGUUGAGGUCGACCUGGUGGGCGUGCGGAACUCCAUGUUUGACAGAAAUGUCCAUGCAUAUAUGAAGAUCCAUGUCGUCUGGGGCCGAAAACCCGAUGGCAUCUCAUGAGUUAGGUAGAUCAAAAGGCACCAAGAUGAAAGAAAGCACGAAAGGUCUCCAAAUGGAUUUGUUUACCGCUACCA